AUGGCUGCUAAAAGGUCGAGCCUAUUUGGGUCGGUUCUGAAGUGUUUCGGAUGGAAUAUGGGCCAAAAAAUGCGUCAGAACAAACGAUAUAUUGCUUCUAUUGGUAUUGAAUAUGAAAGAAUAAGGCGUAGGUGUUACCAGUGUCUCAGGCUGACUCACGACAAAGAACGGUGUCCUUUUAAUCCCUCAAACCGGCAAGACAUUGCUACGGGAGGUGGUAAAUCGAUAACGGUCAUUCCGGCGAGAUUAAUUCCCAAGAUUAGUAAAGAUGAUCCUCUUUAUGGUGUGUUAACCAAUGAAGAUGUGGGAAUUGAUUUUGCAACGGGAAAACCAAAAAUAGCAAAGGAAGUCCUUGAUGAAAUGCGACAAUACUUGUCAGUCGCAGAUCCGGAGUUAAAGAAAAUUCACAUUGCAAGGGUCCGGAAAUCUGUCUGGGAUUUAGAAGGAGACAUACAAGGGCAAAAGUCUUUGCUCAGGCUAGAGACGCCAACGGAGUUCACAGCGGAUGUGAAUAAAGGAAAGGGUCUGGUGUUUAAUUUUGAAGGAGUAGGCACGAGUUCAGAACAAGAAGGAAAUGGUAUUGUUGCGGCUGUGGAUCAAGGGAAGGCAAUGACGAUUAAUUCUCAGCCAAUGCAGUCGCGUUCUGCCACUUAUGCGACGGCUUCUCAACAUGAUUUGGGUUCUACGGGUUUCAGGGCUAGCUUUUCAGCUGGUUCAUCCGGGACUAGGCCAAAUAAACCGAAGCAAAGGAGACGUCCAAGUCAGUGGAAACGUAAGGCUCAAGCUUUGAAAGCAAAGGCUGCAAAUACACAAGCUGUGGUUCGGGUUGGUGAAGAAAGUGUUUCUUCGAAGCGUAAAGCUGUUCAGGAGGGGGUUUGGUCGGCUAAAGUUGCAAAACACACGGAACCACCGAAGCAAAGAUGA